GAUCAGUAUCCAAAGCAAACACGAAGAAAGCAUUUUAAGAACAGGAUGCAUCUUUGGGAGUUUCUAUUAGAACUCCUUGCAGACAAAAGAUGUCAGUCAUUGAUAAUGUGGACGAGACAGGAGAAGGGAGAAUUCAGAAUUAUCAAGACAGAAGCUGUGGCAAAAUUAUGGGGCUUCGAAAAUGGUAGACAAGGCAUGACCUAUGACAAACUUAGUCGAGCUUUGAGACAGUAUUACACUGAUGGAAUUAUUACGAAGGUAAGAAUGAAAAAUGGGAAUGCCAAAUGCCUACAUAUCUUAAGAACUUUGCGCAAAGAAAGUUACAAUUAAUCCGAAAUUAAUCAUCUAUUCAAAACUCUGGUUUUGCCAAAUUUUCUUUACGGCUUAGCUGUUUAUGGUGCCCUCCACUGUACAAGGCUUCCUCGAUCGCUGUUUUAAACGUCAGUUCUGUUAACAACCUUCUGGAAAUACAAGGCCGUAACAUUUUCAAGAAAGUAUCUAACACUAUAAACCAUCCUCUCUUGCCCUAUCUACCUAGAUUGAAAUCUACCCAUUAUUACCUUAGAAGGAAUUCCUCUGAAAGACCCAAGAUCAAUACGGUCCGCUCUUUGAAAACCUAUGUAAAUAGAUUAGUCUUUAAAUAUAAUUUAGCAUUAGAAAAGGGGAUUUUUCUGCACCUUUCAUACUUUUUAUGCUUUAGAUUUUUAACUUGUAACAUAGGAAAUGUAUUUUGAACGAAUAAAGACAUAUUAGUAUCAAAAUCCUACUUCGAAACUGGAAAACAAUAGACGAGGAGUCAUUCCGUGGAUGUGCCAGUGCUAAAAGCCACUUUAUCAUGAUCAUUAUUAAUUCACUUAUCACUUGCUCUGACGAAUGGCUAGCGCUCGAAAUAUCAGCCUUAGAAGCAUUUUAUGGUGGCCAAUUUGCAUUCUCAACUCAGUUGAAAAAAUCAAAUUCUCCUGUAAUACCUGACCGACGCGGCACCAUGGUCUCUUCAGAAACAUACCCUUCUUUAUUCAAAGCUCUGUAUGCUUAGAUGCCUUUGCACAUCGGCACAUUGCACUUUGCUCAUUUUACAUUAGCAUGAACGUCGAUAACUGUUUUUUUCCAGGUUAGGGGGCAAAAGACGACUUACAAGUUUGACAAACUUCCGUAUAAUUACCUCCCCGGAGUAACAAGACGCUGUAAAAGGGUGUUCCGUGCAAGGAAAGUUUCUUCUCGAGCAGAAAACGAGAUAAAACCUGAUUCACAAGGAGAACACACACCAGAAUCUCCCGCAACAAAUACUGUACAACGAAUGGCGUCUCCCCAUGUCAUAUCUUACUGCAAUUUCUGGGGAACAUUACAUAGUUCUAACCCCGCAAUCAUCUUGCUGAAUCCAAAAUCAUCCCAUCUCAAUUUAUCUCCGUGUGUUGAAGAGGACUAUGGAUCACACAAGAUCCCACGGCCAGUCCUCUACUCAAAGCAACCUCCGAUUCCGAAAUUAUCGCCAUCCAGUUCACCGCAAAACAUCGUGGGGCAAAAUGGACCAGGUUAUGUUGCUCUGUCAGUAAUUUGUCCCGAAACUUUUCCAGUUCAGGAGACCGGCUUCAUUGCACCUCUAGACGCUGGAGAUGGAAGUGAGUCUCGCCCUAUCUUGUUAUCGCCCUGCUCAACAAGCAUUCCGACUCUAGGAUCAAACCGUAAAUUGACACAUCCACACAUUUUGGGAAAACCUUUACCACAUAAAGGCAAGUCUUUGGUCAUUUCCCCAAGGCAUCAUCUCAUCCCGAAUCCAUCACAUAUCAGCUCAUCUACCAUUGAGGAGCAAAGAGCAACAAGCGUCUCUUCAACGUUUACAGCAUGUCCUCUUUUCCCCUCGCCUUACUCCCAAAACUUCAUACGUCCGACUGAUGUCUACACUCAGGUCAACAAAGCUCCAUAUCAGCCCCCAGUAUAUCCUGUAUCUGUUCAACAUGAUCAACAUCCAAUAAUAACUAAUGUGACUGGAAAUUACUCAGCACAUCCAGCACCAAAACCUAAUUAA